GCCCACACUCAUACCCAUCAUCAUCAUCUCUACAUACACCAUAUUACAUACACUCACCCCACAUGAAUGUCUUUAUAAAUACUAUUGUAUAGUACUGGUCCAAGGAUCCAAGUUGAGAGAAAGAUAGUGAGUUCAGAGCCAAUCUUGUGAAAUCUAGAAAAACAAAAUCUUUUUCAGAGAGGAAAUAAAUAAAAAAAUCUUUGUUUUUAUUAAAAAGAAAAAAAGCAGAGUGAAAGAUGAAGAUUUGGUGUGAUGUGUGUGAUAAAGAAGAAGCUUCAGUGUUCUGUUGUGCAGAUGAAGCAGCUCUUUGUAAUGGUUGUGAUCGCCAUGUUCAUUUCGCUAAUAAGCUUGCCGGAAAACAUCAACGAUUCUCUCUCACUUCUCCUACUUUCAAAGAUGCUCCUCUCUGUGAUAUAUGCGGGGAGAGGCGUGCAUUAUUAUUUUGCCAAGAAGACAGAGCAAUACUAUGCAGAGAGUGUGACAUUCCAAUACACCAAGCUAAUGAACACACUAAGAAACACAAUAGAUUCCUCCUUACCGGCGUCAAGAUCUCUGCCUCUCCAUCCACAUACCCGAAAGCUUCCAAUUCAAACUCUACAGCAGCAUUGAGCCGGGCCAAAACCAGACCUAAAUCAGUAUCAGGUGAGGUCCCGAGCUCGGCCUCCAGUGAGGUCUUUGCGAGCUCUCCUUCGACAACUACAAGCAAUUACUAUUACGGGUUAGAUGAAAACUAUCAUCAAGUAAGCGACUCUGGUUCCGGAUCGGGUGGUACGGGCAGUAUAUCAGAGUACUUGAUGGAAACGUUACCGGGUUGGAGAGUGGAGGAUCUGCUUGAACAUCCUUCUUGUGUCUCCUAUGAGGAUAACACUAUGAAUACUAAUAACAAUGAGUCCUAUAUGGUUUACGAUGGUUCUUCCUCACAGUACCUUCAUCAAGGGUUUUGGGAACAAAAACCUUUUUCCUGAACCUUUUCAUUUGGUUUGUUGGAGUUUGAGAUUACUAAUCAAACAAACUUUUGUUGUUUCUGUAUUUCUCAAAGUAUAAUUUUUAUUUUUUUUCUGUAAGGAAGAAUUUGUUUGUCUUUGUCAACAAAAAUUCGGAUUUCGA